UGGUAGGCACAAUUGAAUUUUAGGGAAUCUGAAAGUGAAGUGUAAUCAUAUUUCAAAAACACUUACUCUUACAACUACGGUGAUUCCUCUGUUUAGAAUUGAACUGUAUUUAAUCUGAAACCAAAAUCUGACGCUAGUUCCUGUUGCAGCGCGCCCCAAUGCACCUAUCCAUGACGUUUCAAGGUGAAUACCAGACGCUCUGUCGUGAGAAGCAUACUGGGAAUUGAUUAGUUUAUUCUUGUGGUUGAACCUGUCGGUGUAGCGCGUUUGCCAGCUGUUUGUCUUGCAAAAGAUUUUAUGUGACAAGUGAAGGAUAACUACCAGCGCCAGACUUUGACAAGGAGCUCGGAUCUCAGGUGGUUGAGGAGGCUUGAUCCGUCUGAUGCAUGGUCAAAUGGCAGAAACUACAAAAGAAGAAGUAGAUGGUGGAAAUGAGGUUAAUGACCCAUCAGAAUGGGAUGAGGAUGCAACCAAGGGUUUGAAAAAUGGUGGAGAACAGAUGGAAAGUCCAGUCAAAGAAAAGAGUCUUGGAGUCUUGAAGUCAUUCAAAAGGAGUUUGAAAGGGUUCAGCCCUAAGACACAGAAGGACAAAAGGUCAGAGAACACAGACGACCAAAGCUCAAAUUCUCCAUUACGACCAACACACUCUCCAAGUUUGAGCAGAGGAUCUCCCUCACAAUCUUCAUUUCAGACUCCAAAGACCGAAAAAAACUCUCUUACCAGAACUAUGUCAGAUUCUGCAGUUGAAAUAACAGGUUCACUGACAAGGAGAGGGUUAUCGAUCCGGCAGAGCCUGGGUCUGAGUUCUAAAAAAUCCAAACAAGAACCACUUGAACCUGUCACAGAGGCCAUGACUUUAUCUGAAGGGAAGACCGAGGUUGUAGACACAGUGUUGGAGCUCAGAGACACAUAUACUCUGCCAGAGAUACCACCUAUGCCUUUGUCAGUAAUGGAGAUUAACAAACUGAUAGUGUCAGACCAUUUAGAGGAGGCCUACGUGAAUCUACUGUCACUACGUCUGGAGCUUCAGCGGGAGCAUCAAGCUCUGGAUCAAGAAGACUAUCCCAUCGAACUUGUAAAUAAAGAGAAAGACCUCAGUCUGCUCUAUGGGACACUAAGGAACAAAAUGUCUGCCAUUGUACGCAACUUCAGUGCUCUUACCUCAUGCAAAAAAGAGCAGCUGGUGUAUGUGGCAUACAUUAUCCUGGAGGAAGAGAAGAGACAGGGAGAGACAGGAGCGAUGCAGGGAUGGAGGGAUGCAUGGAGGGAUGCGGUACUAAACGGUGUUCGAGAUACACUGAAGAAAGUUCCUCUGGACAGCCGCGAGCAGAAUGCUUCCUGGCUGGCAGUGCAUCUGGGGCUUCUGGGUAAAGCUGUGGUGGAGGAUUUGGGAAAAGUGAAGACUGAGCUUCUGAGCUCAUAUCCACCAGACUUUAAUGUAUUUGAAACCUAUGUGUCCUGCCACCAUGAGGCUGUAGGAGAGCAUCUAAAGAGACUUCUGGAAAAGGUGACAGAGCUGAAAGAUUACUACGCUCUACUAGAUUUCAUUAUUCAUCGCUAUCCCAGUGAGAAGAUAAUGGGAAGCAGCUCUCUUCUGCCUGAGUUGAAGGAAGAUCAAAGAACACUGCCAGUGGACAAAGAUUUCCUUAAUCAGAUAAAAGACAAAUACUGUGCACGCUUACAGGCUGACAUGAAAACAUCACUCAACAGAAUUAUUGACUUGGAGAAUGAGGAAAGUUGGAAAGAAAAAAGAAAACCAGUGAUUGAUGAGGGAAUCUACAGUUCACACAUUGACAUGGACAUCUGGACGAAUAUUAAAGGGCAUGUACAAGGAUCCAGAAGAAUCGAUGUGAACCUUGAGCAGAAGGUUGUGCGUUCCUGUUUAGAGGAACUGAAGAUCUUUCCAAAACGGUUUGAGUCAGCGUUUGUUGAGUGGAGCAGUCCUCUCUCUAACUCCUCUCUCUGGGCAGAGUAUCACAUCAGCUACAUCAACAGCUUUAGUGCCCUGAAAGAGCACAUGGAGAGCUAUAAAGACACCUGCCCGAUUCAGCUGGAGCUGGUUCAAAAAGAAAUAGAUAGACUGACCACCAGUUUGAGUCAAGCUGUGAUGGAGAACUUCAAAACAGAUGUCAAGCCCUUCCUCAGGAGACAGAUGACAGGGAAAUGGUUUUCAUUUGAUGACGACUUUUUACAGCUGAUCCGCAGAACUAAGACUCUUUCUGAGCAGAGCAAGUACAUGACCCCAAAACAUAAACAGGCUUUUGUGAAUGAAGCUCACUUUUUUGUGGUGAAAGAUUAUGUAUCUCAGCUGAUGAAGAAUAACUACUCAUGCAAAAACAGGAAGAAUGAGACAGCUGCCACAAAGAUCACAAAUCAGUGGGAGGAACUGAAGGAGAUCUUUCAAGAUAUGAAUUCCUCCUUAGAUUGGCUCAAUCCAGUCGGGAACCAGCUGAGCGAUAUCAUUGGGUGCAAGAAAAGUGAUGUAAUACGUAACCUAGAGCCAUUAGUUGAUAACUAUCCAGAUAUCAUGAAGAGUCAUCUCUCAGCUGUGCUGUACUUCCGAGGAAUUAUAAGAGGCAGGGAAAAGCAUACUAUACUACAGCGGCUAGCAGAGCUGAAACAGAGAACAGAGAAUACUGGGAAUAGAGAGCAGGCUCUCUUUAGUGAGAUUCAAGCGGCGGUUAACACAGACUGCCUGGCUGGUACACCCUUCUCCUGUCUGUCCUUCAUUGUACCGGACAGCUAAUGCACUUCAUUUUAUCUGAAGUGGAAAUAAUCUUUGCACUGUUUGAAAGUGACCAUAUGUCUAAUGUAUGAGCAAUAAUGUUUUUAUUACUCUAUAGAUCCUUCAUAGUUUUGAAACAUUGUUGCCUUUUUGGGAAAAAAAAAAGAUGAGGUAAAGAGGGGGCUAAAAAUGUUUUUAGUGUGUUGUGAUCAUAUGUUUGUCAUUUGUUAAUGUUAACUAAUUAGUAAAUAAUGAUAAAAUACCACUAGGCCCUGAAAUGUGAUAUUUCUAGAUGACACAUCCUAGUCUAGAAGCUCUCUUAAAAAUGCAUGCCAGUUUCAGGAAUACAACAUUGCAAAAGCCUAAUACAGACAUGUUAUUAGCCUACUAAACUGAUAUUUAACACGUCUGUAAUAUUUCUGCAGAAAUAAUUGAUCUUUGGGGUUAUUCAUGGUAUGUUUCAGUAAUUUGUUAUAAUUGUACACUUUGAAAAUGUAAUUUUAAUGUUGGUUAAAGGGUGAGUAGAAUAAUGUCCCCUGGUUGUAUCCAGUUUUUGAAAAUGCUUAUUAUUGCAUACAUCAAGCAAACAAUUAGACACAGUUUACAGUUUAACAUAUCUCCUAAUUUCCCCAAAGCUUAAUGGUUUGUAGGAAGGAGGACAGCUGUAUCACUGUUCCAAAAUCUUUGUCGUGGUUCCACAGAAGUUAAUCAGUCCACCUAAAUUCUGAUGCCAGAAACUUCCCAUCAUGUUUAGUCAAGUGUUAUCUACUUCCUCCUCCCUUCCUCUUUUUGCUAGUUAAGCAUAAAUUCAUUUUUAGCAUGAUGUCCGCUCAGGGCUGGCAAGCUGAAGGUUGUUUAUCAGAUCCUCACAAGUAGUAGGCCAUGAGCUAAAGCCAUCUUGCUUUUAAAUCACCAUCAAACCUUUAAAUAAUUAAGACUUGCGAACUUACCCAAAUGGAGGAUUUUUGAUAAUAAAGCAUCAUAUAGCUUUUAGUUUAUAUGUUUGUUUAGUAAUAAAACAAACCCACACCCCAUCUGUGGUAGAUUGAAAUCUAGCAGGGCAUGAUAAUAAAAACAUUAAUAAUGUUUUCUCAAUAAGAGAGAAAAAAAUGGUAUGAUGCCACUUUGGUGAACCCAUAAACAACUUAAAGAAGAAAAAAAAAAAAGACGCUAAUAUUUUGAUCUGAAUCACCAAAAAUUACAUGAGCAACUUUUUAACUCCAUAGAGUCGUUAAGUGACCCAAGAACAUAACCCAGUGUACAAUACAUGACAGCAUUCUGCUAUGUUGAAACAACAGAAAUAACCAAAUGAUGAAAUACAUAAAAACACCAAGCGGUCAUUGUGUGGCUGGUUAGCAUGGUUUUCUGCCUUACAAAAGCAGCCAUGUAUUCUGAUGAUUUUUCUUCCCCCAGAAGUAAAUGGAACUGUAAUAUUUCAUUGUAUUAUGGUAGAUUUUUACUUGUGCCUAAUUGUUCCCAACUGUUGCCUUGAUUUCACAGCUCAGGAUAGACCAGUGAAGGGAUUUUCCUGUGGCUUAGUCUCAUUGCAUUUAGGAGACUGGCUCACAUAAACCUAAUUCAACAAAAGCACUGAAGGAAUCUUUGGCAGGGCAUUUGACCUCCAGCACCCUGAAUGCACUCCAAUCUCUUCUGUGCUGGUUAAAUUGUAACCUCUAUGGUGCUUCAAGUGGUGUUGGGUUAAGCUUUUUCUUCUUUUAAUGUGCAGCAGGGCUAUUGUCUUUAUCCAUUUACAGUCUACACCAGAUUACUGCCAUGGUACUUGUCAAAAGUAAAAAGAAACUGACUAGGGUCAGUGAAGGACAGGUGCAUGUGAUAUCUUAGCAGGAUUUUAUUUAUUUUUUUAUCUAAAGAGACUAGUAUUUUCCAGCAUCUCCCUGAAGAGGAACAAAGUAAAGUAAAGUAGAAAUAAAAAUGUAUAACCUUCAAUUUUAUCCCUAACUGUGAGGGAUGAUUCAGUGAAUUUUAUUAAAUGAUGGGUAUUUUUUUAGGUAAGGUAAAUAACAGUAAUUGGAAAUAUCAGUCUGUAAAAACCAUGCGUCUACAUUGUGGGUAUUUUCCCGUAUUGUAGGAACCAUGCAUUCCUUGGAGAAAAAGACAGUUUUUGUGGUUAAAUCAUUAACUAUUUUUCGUUAUUUCCUUAUUUCACUUUCUCUGACAUUUCCUUGAAUGUAUUACAUUUUAAAAAUACAACACUAUAUGUAUAUGUGUAUAUAACAACUAUAUAAUAAAAGUA